AUGAGAGAUUCUAUGCACCCAAUAUUAAAAUCAUUCAUUGCUGGUUCUACAUCUGGAUUAUUCUCUACAGUUUUAUUUCAACCGUUUGAUGUUGUCAAGACAGUCUUACAAAACCCUAGAAAUGACCGUAAAUUAGGAAUAAUCAAUGCCACAAAGUCAGUUUGGCAGCAAGAAUCUUAUUAUGGAUUUUGGAGGGGAUUGUCUCCAGUAAGUACCUACCAAUAUAUGUAUUUUAUAUUUUAUAUAUCACUUACUCAGUUAAUAUAUUCAUAUCUUACAAAAAACAAUCAGACUUCUAUGGUGAAGUCCGGGAUUGCUGGAUUUAGUGCACGAUGUAUUACUGUUUCUGUAUUAAUGCCUGUCACUGUUUUAAAAACUAGAAUAGAAAGUGGUCAAUUUAGUUAUACGACUUUAAUCCGUGGCCUAUCUGAGAUGUAUAGGUUGGAAGGUUGGAAGGUAUURUGUCGCGGAUGGACUCCAACAAUUUUACGAGAUGCUCCAUUUUCUGCAUUAUAUUUUAUGUUUUUUAUCAAACUAAAAAAUAUUAGAUUAUUAGARGAACUAGACAACAAGCAACCAACUUAUGUUUUUGGAUGUGGACUUCUAGCCGGAGGAUUAGCAUCCUGUUUAACUCAACCAUUUGAUGUAAUAAAAACUAGUCAGCAACUAUCAAAAGAAAAACUUCUUUUAAUUGAUGCCAUUAUUUUAAUUAAACAAAAAUAUGGAAUACUUGGCUAUUUUAAAGGACUGUCUCUUAGGGUUUUAAGACGAUCUUUAAUGGCUGCGUUGACUUGGACUGUGUACGAACAAUUAUCUUAGAUGAUUAAUCUACAUUAUAAUAUUUUUCAUUUAAGUAAUAAUGUGUCUUAUAUUUAUAAAUAUAAUCUUAUUGAAUACAUUUUACAAAUCUUUAAAAAUAAUGGUCUAAUAUUGCCAUACCAUCCUUUUUCGAAUUUAAAUAAGGAAGCAUUCAAAUAAAGAUUAGAAACUUAAAAAUUAUUUUUAAUAUAUUACACACAAAGCACAUAUGCUUAUUAAAAUGCUAUUACAGAUUUUAUAUUAUAACAAUAAAUAUUUAAAAAAAAUUGUUUAACUGUAAUCCUAAUAUAAAAAUUUAACUACAUAGACUGAUAUUUUUUGCAAUAUAAUGUAUAGGAGACUAGGAGAGUACAUUUGUAAGUUUUCUAGUCGCCCUAGCAAUAGAUUUUUUAAUGUUAAGUAUAAUUUUGUAGGUUAUUUAAUUUAGUGUAAUUUUUAAUUGGUUUAAUUGGUUUAUUAAUUUAUAAACUGUAGUUUUUAUAUUAUUUAUAUUAUAUAUGAGGUAUUAGUUGUGUAAAUCAUUUGUUAUCAUUUAAAUGUUAAAUUAUAAUACAAUGUAUUUUAACCAAUUAUAA